CGAGGCCUCUGGAACCAACUGGCAGUUCGAAUUCUCCCCUGAGUGCUUCUCAGACACCGACCCAGACUACGCCGUGAGAGUGUGCCAGGCCGUAAAGGCUGCUUGGGGACCCAAUGCUGAGUCUGGCGACCAAAUCAUCUUUAACCUGCCCGCCACAGUCGAGCUGGCUACCCCCAACAUUUACGCCGACUUGAUCGAGUCUUUCUGCAACAACAUUGGAGACAGAAAGGAUAUUUGCGUAUCUCUGCACCCCCACAACGAUCGUGGAUGCAGUGUUGCCGCCGCCGAGCUAGCUCAAAUGGCUGGCGCCGACCGUGUGGAGGGAUGUCUGUUUGGAAAUGGAGAACGAACCGGAAACGUCGACCUUGUCACCCUCGCCCUCAACCUGUACACACAAGGUGUUAACCCCCAGAUCGACUUUUCCGACCUAAACUCAGUUAUCGACAUGGUUGAGUCUUGCACCAAGAUCCCCGUUCACCAGCGUGCUCCCUACGGUGGCAGCCUGGUUUGCGCCGCCUUCUCCGGCAGCCAUCAAGAUGCUAUCAAGAAGGGAUUCCAGGACCGAAAGAACAAGGGAUACACCCACGAAGACCCCUGGGACGGCAUGCCCUACCUGCCCCUGGACCCCCGCGAUAUCGGCCGAAACUACGAGGCCAUCAUCCGUGUCAACUCCCAAUCUGGCAAGGGAGGAAGUGCCUUUAUUGUGCACACUAAGCUCCAGCUCGACCUCCCCCGUGGACUCCAGGUCGCUUUCUCCAAGGUUGUCCAAAAGCACAGCGAGGAGGUUGGACGCGAGCUGUUGGCUACCGAGAUCACCUCCCUCUUCGAGAAGACAUACUUCCUCGGCGACAACCCCCACUUCCAGCUGGUCGACUACAGCAUUACCCCUGAUCGAUCAAGAUCCCCUGUGCCCGCGGCCCAGGGCAAAACUCAAGACACCAAGGACUUUAUCCGUAUUUUCGAGGGUGUCAUUCUCGCGAACGGCAAGGAGCUCAAGCUACGUGGUCGAGGCAACGGUCCCAUUUCCAGUAUGGUGGCUGCUCUUAAGGAGAUCGACAUCGAAUUCGACGUCAACGACUACAAGGAGCACGCCAUCGGUGAGGGACGCGGCGUCAAGGCUGCUUCAUACAUCGAGUGCAAGCCUGUUGGCAGCAAGAACUCUGUGUGGGGUGUUGGUAUCCACGAGGAUGUUGUCCAGAGUUCUCUGAUUGCCCUGCUGAGCGCGGCAAGCAACUUUGUCACCAGCCGACCCUCUAGCCCUCUGUCCAAGUCAGAAGGCGCCACUCAUUCCCAAGAACCUUCCAGCCUCGUCGCGAUUCUGGAACAAAAGGCGAAUGAUAUGUAAAUGGGAAAAUGAUAAAAAAAAGUCGAGGAAAGGGAUCUGCGUCUCGAUAUGCUUGCACCUUUUCGCAUGUUUGUAUAAUUAGUUGCGUUCUGAAAGAGCAUGAUGCUCAAAAGUCUUGCAUCCAGGAGUUGACAAAUGA